AGCUUUGACGCACUCACAACAACUGAGAACAGGCAAAUUUGAAAUGACGACAACCAGAGAGUGGCAAGGGAUAGAUUGAGUAUUUCGAAUUGUUGAGAGGUAGAAAUUAAUUGAAGAGCGAAAAGGUUGUUGCCCUAAGUCCAGAAUGAGUAGUGCAGCAAGAAAAGACGAUGGACGCUCUAAAGACGUAGUACCAGAAAUUUUAGUAGACCCAAGUGGAAAGCGGUACAUGAAGGGAAGGUUUCUAGGCAAGGGAGGCUUUGCAAAAUGUUACGAAUUAACAGACUUGGACUCGAAGGAGGUGUUCGCUGGGAAGAUUGUGUCCAAAUCUCUCCUGGUGAAACAACAUCAAAAAGACAAGAUGGCACAGGAGAUAGCAAUCCACAGAGAACUUAACCAUCGUCAUGUUGUACAGUUUCGAUCAUUCUUUGAGGAUUCUGAUAAUGUCUACAUAGUACUGGAACUGUGUCGAAGAAGGUCACUGAUGGAACUGCACAAGAGGAGGAAAGCCAUCACAGAGCCUGAGGCUCGGUACUUUGUGAAGCAGGUGGUCACAGCUUGUCAGUACCUCCACCAUAAUAAGGUUAUACACAGGGAUCUCAAGCUAGGCAACCUCUUCAUCAAUGACGAGAUGGAGAUCAAGAUUGGUGACUUUGGUCUGGCCACCAAAGUAGGCUAUGAUGGAGAGAGAAAAAGAACACUGUGUGGCACACCUAACUACAUUGCACCUGAGGUUCUGUGUAAGAAAGGCCACAGUUUUGAGGUGGACAUCUGGUCACUAGGAUGUAUUCUGUACACAUUGCUGGUAGGCAAGCCCCCAUUUGAGACCUCAUGUCUAAGAGAUACAUACAUGAAAAUCAAGAAGAAUGAGUACAACAUCCCAUCCCGUGUGAGUCUCCCAGCAAGGAACCUGAUCGCAAAGAUGCUGAAGGCCGACCCUACAGACAGACCCUCCAUUGACCAGAUUAUGGAGGAAGAGUUCUUCUCAUCAGGCUACCUCCCCAGCAAUCUGCCCACCAGCUGCCUCACUAUGGCUCCUCGGUUUGACACGCUGUACAAGUCAGAAGGUCUUCAUCGCAAACCUCUCUUGGAGAUUAAUGAUAUGCGUCCUCAGACUGCAGACCCAACCAAGAGAGAAAUGGAGAAGAAAGAGAGUGAGAGGGCACAAAUGAAAGGUAGCGAGUCUCAGGACAACUGGUUGACUGACUUGUGUGGACAAUUGUCUGCUGUUGUGGCAGCUAAGCCAGGCGAGAAGAUCUGUAUACAGGAUGAUGAUGCCAUUGAUCCUGCAUGUGUCCCUAUCUACUGGGUCAGCAAGUGGGUGGACUACUCGGACAAGUACGGCCUCGGCUACCAGCUAUGUGAUAACAGUGUUGGAGUUCUCUUCAAUGACUCAACACGACUGAUACUACUGGCUAAUGGAGAGAAUACACAGUACAUUGAGAGAGAUGGCACAGAACACUACCACACGCUGAGGGCAUUCCCAGAGAAUCUCACCAAGAAGGUGACAUUGCUCAAGUACUUCAGGAACUACAUGAAUGAACAUCUACUCAAAGCUGGAGCCAACAUGACCCCACGAGAGUCAGACCAGAUUGCUCGCCUUCCAUUCUUAAGAACAUGGUUCAGGACGAGGAGUGCCAUGGUUUUGCAGCUGAGCAAUGGAACUGUACAGAUCAACUUUUUCUCGGACCACACCAAGAUAAUUCUGUGCCCACUGAUGGCAGCUGUGACAUAUAUUGAUGAAAAGAGAGACACCACCACAUACAGACUAAAUCUUAUUGAGAAAUUUGGAUGUUCAAAAGAACUAAGUGGGCGUCUGCGUUAUGCUCGAUCUAUGGUGGAAAGGCUACUCACAACCAAAUCAGGCUCAGUUCGAGGCAGAUCAGCAGCUUCAUAGACAUGAGUUUCUGUGUUCAGUCCUUGACUGAGUGACUCGCUAUUAUCAUGACCAAGCUCUCCAGCCCCGCCAAGCAGCAUUCCUGCAGCAGUCGGCACAUUGAUCUGGUUGCUCUGCCUGGGUACCUGGAGACACUGCACUACACCAGGAGAUCAACCAUGCUUGCUUAUCACAUAGGAGUCUCAAUGUGGAUCUGGGUUGCUAUUAUUGCAGAGUAAUGUCAUUUGUCAGUUUAAGUGCUUUAGUCACGUGCAGAACAGAGCAUGCAGAAAGUGCUGGGAUAUUGGGUGAUUUGUACACAACAGCUUACAGAUUCUUAAUCAACAUGUGAGAAAAGAGAAAAAAUAUUUUUGAGGUUUUUUGUUUUGGUAUGUGUUCUUUUACAUAGGUUUUGUGUUAUACUUUGUACUUUCUAAUAGGAACCUGUUUCUUUCACAGAUUUGUAUGUAAGAGAGUAACUGGUCUAUACAUUUGCACAUUGUCUUCCAUGAACAAAGGGUAUUUUUUCUUAGUAUGACCCAGUCAAUAUUUGUGUCCAAAUAUUACAUAUUCUGUGCCAUGCAUCCAUUCAAUUGCAUACAAACAUGACAUACAUUGGCCCCUUGCAGUCCAGGUUUAUAGAACACAUCUGGGUAGACCUUUUAGCCAUGUAAGUGCAGAGGCAUCUCUAACAUGUCUUUUUGUCUUCUUUAUUGCAUGGGACUGUGAUAAGCCAAUAGGAUUUGUGAUGCCCUACUCAAUCAAUCAACCACUUCUCAACAUGCCACUUUUGGUAAUCUUUUGUAAAUAAUCUUCCAGACACCUGUGCGAGUGAUAUCUAGCUGCCUUGUGUCACCAGUCUGUACAAACCAUUUAUCAUCAUGAUAACUUAUCAAGUAAAUUGCCUCAUUGGUGAAGUGUUUUGUGUUCUUUGACUGUCAUGUGUUCUCAGGAUUCAGCCAGCGCCUGUGGUAGCCAUGGGGAUGGUCUUUGAGAACAUGUUAAUUGUAAAAUGAAUUUUCACUUCAUGUCAGGAAAACUUGUAUUGGAUUGUAACAUAGUUCAGAUUUUCAUCACUGUGGUGUUACAGUGUGUGGUUGUGCUAUUCCUGAAGAAACUAAAUCAUUGCACAUGACCCCAUGUCCAGAAUAAAUCUGUUAUAAUGUUCAA